AUGCCCUCAACACCAAGGAAGGUUAUUUUGAUACGUGCCAAGCCCGUUCCUGUGGCUAAUUGUGAGAUUCAAACAGAGAGUAAAGGGAUUGAGAUGGAAGAAAAGGCAGUUCAAGUGCCAAAAGUACGUUGUUCAGUAGUAUUUUCACUUUUUUUUUGAUCUAGGAAAAAAAUAACCUCGAGCUUUUCGCUGAUGCUGUCCUGGAUUUUGAUUGGAGCACCUUGGAGGAUCCAAACGAUAAAAUCAGCAGAAAAACCCCUAUCGAAAACCGUGGCUUGUUUAUCGCCAAUCGAAUCUCAAAGUUUUUUUCUAAAUUAGCGGACGAGUUUCCCGAAGUCGUCAAAAACUCUCCUCUGGCUAGACCUGAAGUUGUAACAUCGAAAUUCCUGGGAGUUGCAACGCGGUCAUUGAAACGGGCAAAAAAAGCAGAGAAGACCCCGCGAGCCCCACGGCAUCCCAUCAGUCGUCAAGAAAGCUACGAAGCAGCCCUGAUGCGCUUCGACUUACCAGCUCGGAAUUUCGUGCGAGAGCUCAUGGCGAAAUCUUUCGAAGAAGAGAUCAAUAUCACGAUCAAUCAUGUCUUGGAAAAAGUUCGCGAAAUGAGGCCAGAUCUCGAUAUAGGGAGAACGACGUUGUAUAAAGUUCUGAAAGGAAUGGGAUACUCCUAUAAGAAGAAAGACUACGAUCCGGAAAUCUUCGAACGUCCCGACUUGAAGGCCUGGCGAAGGCGUUUCCUUCAAGAAAUGCGAGAGCGCCGCAGCAAGGGCCAUUUCUUCGUCUUCCUUGAUGAGACAUGGGCGUUCAAAGGGAUGACAAAAGCGAGAGGAUGGACUUGCAGAAACGUCGACAAAUGGGACAAGUGCCGCGACCUCAACGCUCCGGCUCCUGGUCCAAGGGCAGGGAAAAACAAAGGAAAAAGGAUCAUCAUUAUGGCUAUGCUGACUGAAGAAGGAGUCCUACCUGGCUCAGAAAGGGCUUUCAUGAGCGGUCAUAAAGAGCCAUUAGCCGACUAUCACCGCGAAAUGACUUCCGAAGUGUUUGAGACGUACGUCGAUGACAUGAUCCCAGCCAUUCUCCAAGCGGCAAACGGACGAACUCCGGUCAUUGUCAUGGACAAUGCGUCUUACCACAGCCGUGUGUCCAUCAAGGUGAGCAGUUUAAACACUUUCUGAAAUCAUAAAUAAUUUUAGCCUCCCACCAAAACGUCUUCGAAAAAAGAAAUGGAGGAUUUUAUUGAUGAUAAUUUUAUCCCUGUUCCUUUUCCUACGUCGAAAAAACUGACCAAAGCUAUUCUUUGGAAUAUCAUCGAGAAAUUUCUGGUUGACGAGGGAGCUGAGAAAUUCACACGCGUUGAGGUUGACGCGAUGUGCGCAGAACACAACAUCGACGUUGUGCGCCUACCGCCAUACCAUUGCUGUUACAAUCCAAUUGAGCUGACUUGGAGCCAGCUCAAGCAUGCCCUUUGUUCCGAAGGAACCACUCACGACGACAUCGAGACGGUAAAUUUGUCAUUUCUGAUGAAAAAAAAAUCCUUCGAAACAUUGAAAAAUAUAUUUUAGGUUCGUACAAGAGCUUUGGAUUAUUUGAAAGGCGUUCAACCGGAUUUGGCCAAGAAAUGGAUUAAACACUGCGAAAAAGAAGAAGAAGAAGCGUUUGAAGCGGAGUUUCCGCUUCAUGUUGUGCAAUCCAUGUUAUUCCCUCCGUUGGCUCACAUUCUUCAAAAUCAAAAUCCUCUCGACGACAGUUCUGAGGACUCCAACGAGAGUGACCUUGAUUAA